AAAAACCAUUUAUCCGAGGAGGGUUAGAUAUAAGAAGAUGAAUGCGGAGAGUGGAAGACCAAGGGAGGUGAAGAAAGCCAUAGAAGUCUCCUAAUUGAGUUGAGCGACAUGGGGGUUUUGGCCGCUAAGAAGAGCGCCGUGACAGUCGCGCUGUUGGCAGCGGCGAUAUUGGCGAUGCUGGCGGCAAAUGUGGAGGCACAGGCAACACAGUUUACUUGCGCAUCGAAGCUAAUACCGUGCCGAAAUUACCUGAACUCAACGAAUCCUCCGGAGGAAUGCUGCAAGCCGCUCAAGGAUGCGGUGACGAACGAAUUGACUUGUCUCUGCUAUAUAUUCAAAAACCCCGAGAUCUUGAAGGGUCUUGGUGUCGACAUAAACCAGGCCAUCAAACUCCCGUUCUACUGCGGAAUCACCAAUUCCUCAGACAGUCUCUGCAAGUCCACCGCUGCAGAUUCGCCUUCGGGGAAUCCUGGUUCUCCAGGUACUCCAGCCACACCUGGAAAUGGCAGCAAUGGUGCAAACGGGUCAAAGCAGGUCGGUUUGCUGGGUAUGUCGGGUCUGUUUUUAAUAUGGUGGUCCAUUUUGGCAUAGGAGGAUCUUAACGUGAAAGCAAUUUGUUGCAGCCAUUUUCUCGCUUCUUUGCUCGAUUGUUUUACUCUUUAUAUGAGAAUUGUGUUUCUUUGUGUCCCUUUUAGAGACAUUGAUCGAUUAGUGAGCUAUUUGAUCAUUUACUGAUUAAAUAUAGGGCUGUUACAAUUGUUAUGCCCAGAUAACUAAACUAGCCAACCCUCAAUGUUUAGAUUUUGAAAUUUGCUUUGUAUCCUUUGCUUCCAAUAGUCUACGCAAGCUUUUUUCAAUAA